AUGCAGCCGGCACGCAGGCAAGCCGACGAGAGGAAGGCCAAGCUCAACCGCUCCUACCAGGAGCUGCUCGACGAGUUCUCCAACAAGGACCUCAAGACUGUCGGCAACUACCAGCUCGGCCGCCUGAUCGGGAAGGGCUCCUUCGGGAAGGUCGUGCUCAAGUCGGCAAAGAAAGAUGACUCCAACCUCGCCAGGGAGAUACACCACCACCGCCAAUUCGUACAUCCGCACAUCACCCGGCUGUACGAGGUGGUGGUGACCGAGAACCUGGUGUGGAUGGUCAUGGAAUACUGUUCAGGCGAUGAACUAUACGACUACCUGCUCCGACACGGCAAGCUGCCCGUCGACAAGGUCCAGAAGAGCUUCACCCAGCUGGUAGGCGCCGUCGCCUACGUCCACCAGCAGAACUGCGUCCACCGCGACCUCAAGCUCGAGAACAUCCUGCUCGACAAGAACGAGAACGUCAAGCUGCUGGACUUUGGCUUUGCGCGCGAGUACGAGGGCAAGACCAACUACCUGCAGACCUUCUGCGGCACAAUAUGCUACUCGGCCCCGGAGAUGCUCAAGGGGGAGAAGUAUGCCGGAGAAAAGGUGGACGUCUGGAGCUUGGGCAUCAUACUAUACGCGCUGUUGUGUGGGGAGCUGCCCUUCGACGACGACGAUGACGACACCACGCGGCGGAAGAUUCUCGGGGAAGAGCCGAAAUACCCAGACCAUAUACCGCUGGACGCCUUGUCCCUCCUGAAGCAGCUGCUAUCGAAACGACCCUUUCCCCGACCGUCUCUGACCGACAUCCUCGACCACCCGUUCCUUUCUGAACACGCUCCGGAGCAGCAGGCCAUCCUCAGCAAGGAGCGACUGGAGCCAUUUAGCUCAGCCUUGGAACGAGACUGUUUGCAUCGGAUGAAGAGUGCUGGCGUGAACAUUGACCAUGUGAUAGAAUCCGUGUUGGCCCAGAAAUGUGACACCCUCGCCGGCUGGUGGACGCUCCUGCUGGAGAAGGAGGAGCGAAAGCAGAAGAGGAGAGAAAGGAAGCGCAAGGAGAAAGAGGCGGAUCGCAGGGGCUCACGCCGCUUCUCACAGGCCUCCAGCCGCCUCGAGCGACUAGCUCCCGUGGGCGAGGAGGGAUCAUUCGUUAAGCUCGGUGACCCACCUGCGCCCAGGACACGGGGCCGCUCCGAGAGGAGAAGCGGGUACUACCCCGAGUUCCAGAUCACGGACCUACCCGGGCUGCCCGAGGCCGGCAAGUCAAACAUCACGCUCAGCCCCGAGACCGAGAACCCGCCGCCUCCGAUAGACAAGGACUCGAUCCGGUCCGUCAGCACGUCACGCAACCGAAGGCCCGUACCGCCGCCUAAGGAGGGCGUGCCCGGCGUGCUCCGUAGCGCAAGGUCCAGGGGGUCCACGCUGCACCUCGUCACGACGAGCGACGCGUUGGGAAGCAGAAGCGGCAGCCGUGGUCUUGAUCCCGACACGACACCCCAGCAAAAAGUCCGCAAACGACCCUCUCAGGGAAUCAUGGCACACUGGAAAAACCUCACUAACUGGCUCGUCGAAAGCACCCGCCGUCAUAAGCACAACAGCAGGAACCAGAGCCACUCGACCCCAGACCUGCGUGCUAAGAGCCGCGCUGGGAAAGAGGGCAAGCUGUCCAAGGAGAACAGUCCCAGGCCGCACACCGGGAAGAACCUCCCAACACACACUCCGCAGGCAGCCGUGUCUCAGCUCCCUCAGAAUCUUGUCGUGAACGGGUUCGCAAGGAAACCUGUCGGGUCGUCGACGCAGCCAACGGCCAGCGGGCUGAGCAGCCCAUCCACACCAGGCUUCAACACUUCCGGCGGCCCGUCUGUCCAUCGUCGUGUGCCUACCGGGCACUCGUACAAACGACAGUCCCUGUCGCCAUCACCCAUCACACCGCGAUCUGCCGUCCGCCGCUCCUCGGCUGGCCUCCGGGGGCGUAAGUCGACGUCCUCGUCCGUGUCUUCUGUCAGGUCCAUGCAUCACGCGCAACACCACCAUACCCACUCCAAGGCCUCGUCCACAUCAUCCACUAAUUCUGUUUCAACCAACAUGUCAAAGACGCCCAUGCAAACGGGCCGCAGCCCUCACCAUUCCGUCAAGGUUCUGCCCGCCACACCCACCAGCACGACAUCCUUCCCCAGCAAUAUCCGGCUCGUCCGGGGUGCCGGGCCCCCGCUUGCCCUGUACAACGAGACGGCCCCGGGCAGUGGCCCCGGCCGCAGCGGUGGCAGGCUGGCCGCGAGCCCCAUGAUACCACCAGCCCCCGGGUCACCGAACCCGUUCGCAUCCUUUGGCGAGCGCAGCAUGCCUUUCUUCGCCAAGCGGAAGAGGAACGUCUUCAAGGGCCCGUCCUUGGCAUUCGGGGGCGGCAGUAACAGCCGGAGCGCCAGCGGAAGCACACACGGCAGCACGCCGUCGCACAGCCGCAGCGCCAGUGGCGACCGCAUGGGAGGAGGCCGGCGCAGCGGUGAGAUCGCCGCCGUGCAGGAAGAAGAUGAAGAUGCGCUUGAGCUGGAAGACGGUAUGCUCCUCGAAGACGAACACGAAGACGAUAGGGAUACCGUCAAGUUUCGAGGACUAGACUCGGAUAUCGAAGAAGUAGAUAGUUUUACCCCCGUGGUGGGCGGCCCCGGGGAAUCCGUUUCGGAGCAGAUUUUUGAGCCUGGCGAGCUGGAGAAGGCUCAGAACGGCGUGGCCAAGGAGGUCAAGAAUGACGCCGCUGCUGUUGGUCACGGCGGGGUUGCUGCGGCUGGGACUACGACUGCUGUGAACUGA